AUGGCUACUCAAGGAGGAAGUGAUGUAACAACAUUCGAGAGACAGCUGGAGAACUUUCCAGCUGAUGUUAAACGUGCAGGUGAAAGGCUCUUGGAUUGCUUUGAAAAUCCAAGCAUCGGAGUCAUUGGUGUCUCAGGGUUUUAUGGCAUAGGUGGAUGGAGUAUCGUCGAAUAUGCAGCUCGAAAAGCAAAAGAAUCCCAUCUCUUCCAUUUACAGAUACCUGUAAAGGUAUUGCGAAGGGAUUUAAUUCAUCGUGAUAUGAUAAUGGAAAUCGCGUCCCAGUUAGGGUUGAAAGACGCCAGUAUUACUGACGACGAAGGGAAAAUAGAUAUGAUCAAGUUCUCAGAAGUUUCACAUAAAAUCUAUAAAUCACUAAGAGGGCGAAGGUUCUUGCUGAUGAUAGGAUAUGUGGUCGAGUCCACCGAGAUGAAGUUCUUGGGAGUUCCCUUCGGUAGCUCAACGACGUAUGAUUCCAAGAUCGUUUUCAUAGGCUUUUCGGAACGCAGUGCCAUAAUCAGUAAUGUGACCAUUAAGCUGGAGGAAUUGUCGGCAGAUGUGUUACGCGAAGAGGCCAUCGAUGUAGCCCAUUCUCGCAGUGUUGAGGGAUGUUUUUCUCCCGACACGGUCCUCGACUGCUUCUUCUACCUCUUGUUAUUCGGCAAAGAGGGCUGCUGUGUAGAAUGGCUGACAAGGUAUUGGAUUGCCGAGGGAUUCAUUGGUAGAGGUAGUACGGAAGAAUAUGAGAAUUUGGUGCUUGAGCAGAAGAAUGUCGAGGCUCUAUUGAAAGAACUUGAGGUCCAUUUCAUGGUAGAAAGGAGUGACGAAGGCAGAGAUAAGUGGCGACUUCCCCAUCAGGUUCGCAUGGCAUCUCAAUCUCUAAAAAGCGCAUCAACUCAUGGAAGAUUCUGGACUAAAGCAUCAAUACCGAGAGAGAACAGAGAGUGGGAAGAAAUUCAUAGGAUGAAUGUAUGGUUAUUGAAAAAAGACACAUUCCUUCCUUACACUCCUCCUAAAUGCUCCAAACUCUCUACUUUGAAGUUUGGAUUGUUUUCUCCACUUCUUCAUAAUCUCAAAAUCGUCAUUCCAGACCCCUUCUUUGAGCAAAUGCAGGAACUUCGAGUCCUUAUGCUUUAUGGCCUAGUUAACAAAUAUCUGCCCCCGUCCAUCUCCUGCUUACACAAUCUCAGACUUCUACGAAUACAAUCGUGCAAUUAUGUACAAUCUCUUCCUGCUUCCUUACAAUCUCUGCACAAACUCGAGUUCCUUGAACUUUCAGAAUCUUCUGCUUUCAUGUCAAUAUCAGAGGAGUGCUUUCAACACAUGACCAACCUUCGAUUUCUCUGCCUCGAUAAAAUGAACAUCAGAUCACUGCCUUCCUCACUCUCCAAGCUGUUCAAGCUCCACCAACUCAUGUUAAUAAAAUGCGGCUCUUUGACGGAAAUCCCAGAUGAAAGCUUCGAGUGUAUGCAGUGGCUACGAGUUCUCGACUUGAGUGGUGAUUCUAAUCUGAAAUCUCUACCAUCCUCGCUCUCCAAGUUGAGCAAUCUUAGGCAGCUUGUACUCGCAAAUUGCUCUUCCUUAAAGAUGAAGUUGCUGCCACUUCUGCAAAACCUCUCUGCUCUGGAGGAGCUUAGUCUCUGUAACUGUAAUUCCCUGGAAGAUAUUGAGGAUGUCUCUUCUUCAAUUGGAAAUAUCAUGCCAAAGCUUCGUAUGCUUGAUCUUUCUGGAAUUGGGGCCCUUCGGCAGCUGUACUUGCAUGGUUGCCAAAGCUUAGAGUCUCUAACCUUAGAUGGGCUGACAAGCCUUCAACUACUUAGUCUUUCAGGUACCAGACUCGAAAAGUUUCCUGAAAAUAUUCACCGGAUGGAUGGUCUAAGAUGGCUGGAGAUGCUACGCAUGGAUCACAUUCGUGAAAUCAACUGGGAUGUGUUGGGUAUUGAGCUUGAAGAACUCAACAUUGAUCAAUGUCGCGCCCUUGAUUCAUCAACUGAUGAUGAACAGCCGAGAAAUAGAGGUGGGGCUCGCAUAAGGGUUAGUAAUUCAAAGCUUUUACGAUCCCUUAUGCCAUCUUCAAAAUUGUGGGGAGCAAAAUGCUUCUCCCAAUUCCAUAUCUACGUCUCUCCUUGCAAAUUCCACCAACGAGGAACUGGUAAGGGCAUCAAUCUCCGCCAGGGAAGGCAAUUCAUAUAUAAAGACAUUGAUUCCAAGAUCCAAAAACGUAAUGUACGUUUAUUUAAAAUCCAUUUCGACAGGCAUUUGGAAAUCAGAGGUAAUAGUUCCCCAAACGGUAUUGAUGGGGUUCUGGCUCACACGGAAUUAUUCACUCUGUGUGACAACUCCCUUUUCAGAAGAUUAUUGGAUUUUGGUGACGUCGAUAAAAUGGCAGAAUUGAAAGAAUGCCAAGUGGAGAGGUGCGACCGGUUGGAGACAUUCUUCGAGGGAGAGAAUGCAAGCUCUGAUAGUUUAAGUCUACUAGAAAAUAUCUGGAUGUCCAAUCUUGGAAGACUUAGGAGCGUUUGUGAGGGUACUUAUGGGAGCCGAAGCUUUGCAAACCUAAAGCACAUACGUUUGGAUUACUGCCCUAAACUCAUCGUCGUCUUCUCCUCAAGUGUAUGCUUACAAAGCUUGGAAAUGCUCGAGAUCAAGUUCUGCAGUAGACUGGAGGCUGUGUUUGAAGAGGAUGCUAUACCUCAUGGCUCGCUCCAACGACUGCACACGGUAUAUCUGUGGGAGCUGCCGAAGCUGGAGAGUAUUUCCCAGAGCAUUUACUUGUCGGCGAUGAAGAAGCUGAGAGUGAGGGGAUGUUGGAAGCUGAAGAAGCUUCCUCUUUGUGUCGGUGACAAUGAUUCUGCUUCUAAUUCCAUUAGUGGGGGUGGCGGUAUAGAGGUGGGAGGUGAGUUGAAAUGGUGGGAUAAUCUCAAAUGGGAAAAUGGGUGCAUCAAGAACCAGAUCAACUUCAAAGAAUCGCGCCGCCCUUACCCUCUGUCGAUAAUUCCUCUCUCUUCGAAGCUGUGA